AUGGCAGUGACGCGGGUCCUGUCGCUAGUGGCCAUGUCGGCCUUGUACCUUCUGCACGGUCUGACCAGAGUACUGGGCCUGUUGGCAGUCCAGUGCCCGUCUUCGCGCAUUGCCAUCCGACGAGUGAGGAUGAGUGGCUACUGGCGCAUCCACGGCUGGCUGAUGAUGAUCUUUUUGGGCGUAUAUUCCCCCUUUGCCUUCUGGAGCAUCUACAACCACAUGCCCUUUCUCCGCCACCACAAGAUGCUCCUCCUGGUUAGUUUGAAUCGAUUCGGGGCGCUCCUCCUCUGGGCCACCCUGUGCUUGUGGAUAAGCUGCUCGAAGCAGGCGGAGAUCAUAGAGUGUCUAAAUGGAUUGCUCAAGUGCCAGAGGCUGUUGCACAGACUGAUGUACACCCAGGAGCUGAAGGACUCCCUCAACUGCCUGGCCAACAGGAAUAACGUGACAAAGUUGGUACUCUUCAUAGUCUUCAUCGUCAUGGCCGCGGCCCAGCCCAUGCAGAUCCUGAUAGAUGAUCCGGAAGUGCGCACCAAUUUCGUGUACGCCUUCAGUUUGGUUUUCGUGUACUCCUGCCAGCUAAUCCUGCAGCUAUCGCUGGCCAUAUUCACAUUAAUUCUGCUUUUUGUGGCCCAUCUGGUGCGGCACUCCAACCUGCUGCUGGCCAGAACCCUGGCGGAUGUGGGGGGCGUUCUGGAGAGCUCCCGGCGAGCCCGGCUGGGCCCGGAUCGCCAGCGGCUCUAUGGCUCCCAGCAGCAGUGGCUGGCCUUCGAACUACUGAGGGUCCUGCACUUGCACCAGAAGCUAUUGAAGCUCCAUCAAUGCAUUUGCCGGCUUCACGGCGUGCAGGCCGUGUGUUUUGUGGUUUACGUGCCCAUCGAGUGCAUGGUGCACUUGUUUUUCUCCUAUUUCAUGAGGUACAGCAAGUUCAUACUGCGAAAGUACGGAAAAUCGCUGCCAUUCAACUACUACGGCAUAUGCUUCCUGAUAGGACUCUUUAGCUGCCUCCUGCUGGUGAUCCUGGGCACCCGCCACUCGGAAAGGCAGUUUUCCAGGACCAGGGAGACCUUCAGAUCCGCCGUGUGCUGUUUUCCCUCGGAGUGUACCGACAAGAAGCUGAUAUAUACACUGCAUUAUUACGGGCUGUUCCUGAAGAAUGCCCGCCACAUAUUCACCGUCAGCGCCUGUGGGCUCUUCAGGCUGGACAACGUCUUGCUCUUCUGCAUCGUGGGGGCCGUGCUGAACUACCUGAUGAUCCUCAUACAGUUUGAUAAGCUCAUAAACAAAUAGCUGACAAAACGCCGCCCCAGACAAUGGCCAUAAAUAAACAAACAUACUUAUAAAUUAAAUUGCUCCCCAGAUAGGUCUUGAGCAAAUAUGUUAUUGAUGCACGACGUAUUAUGGAGGCCGCCAGCAGAAUCCCAAUGGAGAAAUGGGUGCUGUCUACUGGGUGGUGGGUGGUUGGGUUGG